CUUUGACAAAGCCUGAGUUCAGCACUUCUCAAGACAAGUAAACAACAUGAAAAUAGUUGCUAAUGGCUAAAAGCUUCAGCAGAAACGAUCACAAACUCAUUGGAAGAUUUAGUCACCACACAGUGGUGGUAGGUGAUUCAUUGUAUGCAUGGGCUGGUGAUCAAGUUGGUUCACCUAAAGUACAUGAUAAUGAAGAGAAAAGAAAGUUUAUCAGCAAAAUACAAAAAUUUACUCCUUCAACUGGUCACUGGAUUAAUAAGGAUACCACUGGUUUUCCUCCAUUAGGAGUGAGGGGAUACUUUUGCACUGCAAUACAUAAUCAAUUGUAUUAUUUUGGAGGACAUUGCAACCAUGAUGAGUGCUAUCACAACAAUAUCACACAGUUAAAUACUGUCAGCUUUCAGUGGAGGGAUAUAGAAUUAACUGAUGCAACUAGACCAGUUAUGAGGAGAGCUAAUGGUGGAAUGUUGUCAUUCGAACAUGAUGGCGUACACCAUUUACUGAUGAUAGGUGGAAUAGGAUCCAAACCAGCUGUGCAACUGCAAGGCAAUAGCUAUACUAAUUUAUCUAAUGAACGAUGGCGAACCAAUGAGCACUCAAUGUAUGAAUUAUCAAGCCAAGGAAAAUGGAGUAGUCCUUCUAUCAUUGGGGAAUGUAUACCGCCUGCUAGUAGCUUUGUCUUUGAAAAAAUAAGUAAUACUCGGGCUGUUCUAUUUGGUGGAUGGUUCAAUGGCAUAUGCAGUAGUGCUCUCUAUUUACUAGAAGUAUCAAUAUCACUUAAUAUAGUAAUUCCUGUACCAGAAUCAUUUAGUCGGAGAGUUUCUCAAUCAUUGUCAGUGAUUUACACAGAAUUUGAUUGUGUGUGGUUGGUGUCAGUUGGUGGAUUAGCAUUGAAUAGAAGUCGUGAGCGACUUCGUUCUCAAACUUGCAUUUCUGAUGAUACAACCUUAAUUGAGAUAGAUCAAAUAUUUUUGUCACCUAAAGAAAGUCAAGAAAAGUACUAUGAGCAGUUGAAGUUACAAGGAAAGGAUCAAAUGAUGGAUCAUGGCUAUCAAACAAGAAUGAACAUAGAAAUAGCACAAAUUGACAAUACAAAACAAGCUCUUAUGAGAGAUCUUCUUGUAAAGGAAAGUGAAGUCAAGAUAAUGCAGCAAGAACUACGAAUUCAAAGAGAUGUUUUGAGUACUAAAAUAAAAGAGAAACAGGAACAAUCUCACAAGCAGCUACAGCAGGAAGAGACUGAUUUUAAAGCUAAAAGAACAUUUCAACAACUGCAAUUGCAAAAACAGGAUAAUUUACACAGAAAAAUGACCCAAACAGUAGAAGCAUCUACUAUGACUGAUGCUCAAUUUCAAAAUGAAAGAAAAUUGCAUAUGGGUCCUAUUAAUCAUGAUUACCAGUAUCUAAUCUCUUCACUUGAUAGUUUUGAAAGUAUUGAUGUUCCUGAAAAGCAACUUUUCAUCAUUGAGGGGGAUUCCUUGCAUUUUUUUAACUGGGAAGAAUAUGGUUUAAGAAUCACAGUUCAUCGAGGAACUGUGCUGCCUUCUGAUACUCUUGGGAUAGCUGUUGGUGCAUUUAUUCAAGGAGGGCAAAAAUUUCCAGAAGAUACUGAGCUAGUCAGUGCUGUUUAUGCUGUAAUUUUCUCUAAGGCUCCUUUGAAACCCAUUCAACUGGAAAUGCAACAUUGUGUUUCAGUAGAAUCAGCAGUUCACAGCAGUUACCUUAGCUUUGCUUCUGCACUUUUAACUAAGCCUCCUUACAAUUUUCAAAUAAAAGAAGGAGGGACUUUUCCAUCUGGUAAUCGAUACGGCUACAUUAGUACAUCUAAAUCUCAUCUUUGGUCUCUAAUCAUUAAACCCUUUAGAAGACGGCAUGCAAAUUAUUUAUCUUUUCCCAAACAAUACUUUUGUCAAGUUGUGUAUGAGAUCAAAAUACCCGGAAGAAAAUGGAAGAUGAAAAUUUUUUUUGGUAAAGAUCUUGGUGUUAUCAUAAAGCACUUACAGGGAACACUAAGAAAGCAGCAAACUGUUAAAGAAUUAGACUUAACAUUUCAAUUUGAAAUUGUUGAUGAGCAUAUAGAAUUUUGUUUUGAUGCUUGCAGAGAAAUCCCUGGAUGGACAAUACAACCACAUGCCUUCCCUAUAAGGGCCAGCCAGGAGGCAAUUGAUAAAAAUGACCGGCUUUCCUCUUUUCCAUAUCCACCACAAUUAGUUACAAUAAAAGCGACUCCUGGUAUUGACACCAAUUCAGUGCUGAGUUAUCCCAUAGAACUAAAAGGAAUCAAAAGUGAUAUUGAAAAGCUAAAUAUUGUACUAACAAUGGAUGAUGUUGUUCAGCCACCUGUAAGUGCUAGCACUAUACAGUCAUCUUCAUUGCCAUUUUCUCCAGGAUGUGAAGUAGCUACACCAGUGCUUAAAAAAAACUUUGAUUCACUUCUUGAAAUGCUAGCAGUCUCAGACAAUCUUUUAAUAUUGACAAUGGCCUUAUAUAGUAAUGAACUAAUAACUAAAGAUACUGUCACUGAAAUCAAAAAUACUGGCAAAUCAGUAUGUGACAGGAGUGCUUCACUUUUGUUAGCACUUGAAGCUACUAUUAAAACUCAGCCUCAGUCAAUAAAGACUUUAAUUGAGGUAUUGAAAACAAAAGAAGCUUUUAGAAUUAUAGCUGAACAAAUGGAGAAAGAACUUGGUUUACAUAACUAUAAUCAGUAAUUUGAAUCAUAUUAUUAUGUAGCAUGUCGUUAAAACAAAAAAUUUAGUUCUGAAGCCUUUAACAGGCACUAAUUCCAGUAUGUAGUUUCCCCUUGUUAGGUGUUCAUCCAUGAACAACAGUAUCAUCCAAAAUUGGCUACUAUAUGCAUCUUAGUAUUGAACUGUACCACUUUUAACAAUAAUACCAAAAAUAACAAUAAAAUCAUUAUUAUUAACUAUCAUACAGACUUUUAAUAUCUCUACUGUUUAAUCAAGUU